AUGAAUGAUACGACAACUUCGAAUGAUUCAGAUUAUGAUCCGAAUAUUAUCGCAUGGAACGGGCCCGAUGACCCAGAGAACCCGAUGAAUUGGUCACCAAGAAAGAAAUGGAUGAACAUUGCUCUUAUGUCUCUUUUGACAAUUAUCUCGAUAUCCAAGGGAUCCUCGAUGUUUGCACCUGGAGUUGCCAAGAUCAUGGUUGAAUUCAACAGCACGUCGUCUCUCUUGGCUACCUUUGUUGUCUCGAUCUAUUUCAUCGGAUACGCAUUCGGACCACUCGUCUUCGCACCCCUGAGCGAGAUCUACGGCCGAGUUUACAUAUAUCACGGGGGAAACUCGGCAUUCGUGCUAGUAUGUGUGGGCGCAGCAUUGAGUCACAGUAUGGGAAUGCUGUUGGCCCUUCGCUUCCUGAUGGGAAUAUUCGGUUCUGCUCCUACUACGGUCGGAGUCGGAAGUAUUAUCGAUGUUGUGGACCUUGAAUGGAGAGGAAGAGCUGUGUCUAUAUGGGCCAUGGGACCUCUUCUCGGUCCCUGCGUUGGGCCGGUCGUCGGGGGAUACGUCGUAGAGUACAUUGGCUGGCGCUGGGUCUACUGGAUCUUGGCGAUCAUGGGAGGAGUUUUGGGCAUCGUUGGGCUACUGCUGAUGCGAGAAACUUAUGCUCCCACUCUGCUUGAGCGCAAGGUUAGGCGACUUCGCAGUGAGACUGGUAACCAAUCCUUGCGCUCCAAGAUGGAUACACGAAGCCACAAACUGGUCAAGCUGGCGAUCAUACGUCCGAUCAAAUUCCUCAUCAAGACGCCUAUGGUCACGAUCAUUGCACUUUACGUUAGCAUUGCCUAUGGGAUCCUCAACCUCCUGAUCGCCACAUUUUCUUUUGUCUACGCGGACCAAUACAACUUCAGCGAAGGAACACUUGGACUUUCGUUUCUACCGGCUGGCAUUGGCAUGAUGAUCGGCGUACUCUCGUACGGAAACCUUGCCGACUACCUUGUGCAAAGGUCUCAGAAGGAUCAACAGCCAGGGACGGCCUACCGACCAGAGGUCAAGCUGGCACCAUGGGCCACUGUGCCAGUGGGAUUUGCAUUCUGCGCCGGUAUGUUUAUCUAUGGAUGGACCACAGAGGAGCGAGUCCACUGGAUCGUGCCCAUGCUCGCCGUGGCUGUUCUUUGUUUCGGGCUCAUGGGAGCUACAGCAAGUCUUAUGAGCCUGCAGAAUUACCAAAUCGACUCUUACCCGGCAUACGCGUCGUCUGGGUCGGCUGCCAUUACAUUAUUCAGAUCUUUGGUUGGUGGGCUACUUCCUCUCAGUGGAUUGAGGAUAUACGACUCCCUUGGACUGGGCUGGGGAAAUACAGUUUUAGGACUGAUUGCGGUUUCACUGAUCCCUGUGCCUGUUCUCUUGUACUUUUAUGGAGAGCGUUUGAGGAAGAGGUAUACGCCUACACUGUAA